CGAAAGACUCUUAUCUCUAUCCACCAACAAGAGAGAGGGAAAACGAAAUAAACACACACAGGAGAGACAAUAUGAGAUAAGGAUUUGAAGCCUCUCACCACUCUCCUCGUUUCGCUUAUUUGUCGAACACCAAAAAAUUUCUCGCUUUACCUUUUUUUUUUUAUUUUUUUUUAUCUGGGAGUGUAAUCUCAGAGCAAAGGCGAUAGCUUAAAGGUGAUAGUUUGAAGCCAUGGCUACGAUUACGCCUUCUUCUAUCAGCAAUGCCUGGCUCAUUCCGGGAGCUGCUUUUAGUGUAAAGAAGAAGAAUGAUUGUUCCAUCAAAUGUAGUUUUUCGGGUAAAGCUGGGAAACAGAUUCUAUCAUCAACGCAGAGACUAGUCUUGCCUCUUUCGACUUCUCUUAGAUUGUUUCCAACUCAUGGAAGGCAGUUUGUGUUGCAUCCUCAUCGUAGAGCCACGGGAACUGAUGUUGUUGCGGCAGUAGAGGAACAAGAUUCUACUACUCCUGUUGUUGCGGCGGACGAGAAAAAAACCGUGGCUAGUGAGAAGUCAGAUGCUCCUGCUACGACAUCUCAGCCAAGGGGAGCUGCUAGGCCCGGGAGGAAGAGCGAAAUGCCGGCUGUUAAGAACGAGGAGCUUGUUCCUGGUGCUACUUUCACUGGGAAAGUACGAGCGAUUCAGCCCUUUGGUGCUUUUGUUGAUUUUGGUGCUUUCACUGAUGGAUUAGUCCAUGUGUCUCAGUUGAGUGACACCUUUGUUAAGGAUGUUGCGAGUGUUGUCACUAUUGGGCAAGAGGUGAAAGUUAGGCUAGUGGAAGCUGACAUUGAGACAAAACGUAUUUCUCUUAGUAUGCGUGAGAAUGACGAUCCUCCCAAACGCCAGUCAGGUGGUGGUGAUAAGCCGAGAUCAGGAGGGAAAAGGGAUGGUUCAAAAGGAGGACAGAGGAAGGGAGAUGGCUUUAACUCAAAGUUUGCGAAAGGGCAGAUGUUGGAUGGAGUGGUGAAGAAUUUAACGAGGUCAGGAGCGUUUAUAACUAUAGGAGAAGGUGAAGAAGGGUUUUUACCAACAGCUGAGGAAGCAGAUGAUGGAAUUGGAAGCAUGAUGAUGGGUGGUUCUUCGUUGGAAGCUGGACAAGAGGUUAAGGUUCGUGUGUUACGGAUAGCAAGAGGACGUGUUACUCUAACGAUGAAAGAGGAAAAUGAUGGUAAGUUUGACGAAACAACCACUCAAGGGGUUGUGCAUACAGCCACAAAUCCAUUUAUGCUUGCUUUCCGUAAGAACGAAGAGAUUGCUGCGUUUCUUGACAAGAGGGAGGAAGAGGCUGAGAAGCAACCUGCUGAGAAACCAGUAGAACCUGAAGCUGAAGCCUCUGUCACCACAGGUGAAGUCGAGGAAUCUUCAUCUGCCUCAGCUGAGGUAACAAGUGAAGAGGUUCCCUCAUCAGAAACUCCCAAGGUAGAAGAAGAAGAAGUGAUAGCGACCAAAGCUGAAGAUGAGUUGCCAGAAAAAGAAGAGCAAACGGAAACACUUGCUGCAGCAGCUGUAGCUGAGGAGGUGGUUCCACCAAUUCCAGAAACCAAAAGUGAAGAGGAAAUUGUUGAGAACUCUAUUCCUCCGAAUUCAGCCACUGAUGAAGUUUCAUCUUCAGAAACUGUAGAAAGUGAAGAGGUUGAGAAGGAGGCUUUGGUGGCUGCAGCACCUGUUGCUGAAGGGGAGACUCCUGCCUCUUUUUUCCCAGAAGCUUCUUCCGAGGAAAGUGGCACCACCGCUACUGCUGAAGCGGAGACUCCUGCCUCUUUUUUCCCAGAAGCUUCUUCCGAGGAAAGUGGCACCACCGCUACUGCAGAUGAAAGCAUCAAAGGCAUAUCACCAGCUCUAGUGAAGCAGCUCAGAGAAGAAACAGGGGCAGGAAUGAUGGACUGCAAGAAUGCUCUCUCAGAGAGUGAAGGCGAUAUGGUCAAAGCUCAGGAGUACCUCCGCAAGAAGGGACUAGCAAGCGCAGACAAGAAAGCAAGCAGAGCCACAGCAGAGGGAAGGAUCGGUGCUUAUAUCCACGACAGCAGAAUCGGUGUCCUCUUGGAGGUUAAUUGUGAAACUGAUUUUGUCUCGCGUGGCGACAUCUUCAAGGAACUUGUUGAUGAUCUGGCAAUGCAGGUGGCUGCGUGCCCUCAAGUAGAGUACCUUGUAACCGAAGACGUUUCCGAAGAUAUUGUGAAGAAGGAAAAAGAGAUAGAGAUGCAAAAGGAAGAUCUUUUGUCGAAACCAGAGCAGAUAAGAGAGAAGAUAGUUGACGGUCGGAUAAAGAAGAGGCUAGAUGCACUUGCAUUGCUUGAGCAACCAUACAUUAAAGACGAUAAGGUGAUUGUGAAGGAUCUUGUAAAGCAGAGGAUUGCAACCAUUGGAGAAAACAUCAAGGUGAAGAGAUUCGUGAGGUACACUCUCGGAGAAGGCCUUGAGAAAAAAAGCCAGGACUUUGCUGCUGAGGUUGCUGCCCAAACUGCAGCUAAACCGAAAGCUAAAGAAGAGAAAGAACAGCCAAAAGCUGAAGAGGUCAAGGAAGCAAGUCCAGCAGCUACAGUGGUUUCAGCUGCUCUUGUGAAGCAACUGCGUGAAGAGACAGGAGCCGGAAUGAUGGACUGCAAGAAGGCAUUGGCGGAGACAGGAGGAGAUCUUGAGAAAGCACAAGAAUUCCUCAGAAAGAAGGGUCUCUCAUCAGCAGAUAAAAAAUCAAGCCGGCUUGCAGCAGAAGGGAGAAUCGGCUCAUACAUCCACGACUCUCGGAUUGGAGUUCUGAUUGAAGUGAACUGUGAGACAGAUUUUGUCGGAAGAAGCGAGAAAUUCAAGGAAUUGGUUGAUGAUCUUGCAAUGCAAGCAGUGGCUAAUCCACAGGUGCAAUAUGUUUCGAUAGAGGACAUUCCAGAGGAGAUAAAGCAGAAAGAAAAAGCGAUUGAGAUGCAAAGAGAGGAUCUUUUGUCGAAACCAGAGAACAUAAGGGAGAAGAUUGUUGAAGGGAGGAUCUCAAAGAGGCUUGGAGAAAUGGCAUUGCUUGAGCAGCCUUUCAUUAAAGACGACAGUGUUCUGGUUAAGGAUCUGGUGAAGCAAACGGUGGCUACCCUUGGAGAAAACAUCAAAGUCAGAAGGUUUGUGAAAUUUACUCUUGGAGAAGAUAACUGAUGUUGCAGAAGGUUUGUGAAGUUUACUCUUGGAGAAGAUAACUGAUGAGACAAAUUAAAGUUUUCAAAUAAGGGGAGCUCUGUUUUGUGUCAUGUGAGUUAAAAAGCAAAAGUCUUCCUUUUUUUGUUUUGUAGACAAAAAUCUUCAGUAUUCACUUUUGAUUAGUUUUUAAUCAAAACCUGUAAUUUUUUGUUCAUGAAAAUAUGAGAUUUUUUUGGCUUAUAAA